GUCUCCCAGACCGGGUGGUCCUGGACCCUGUGCCCCCCGUGGCCGUGGGCGACAGCCUGAACGUGACGUGCCACGUGCUGGAGGUGGCACCUCUGGGCAACCUGACGGUGACCCUGCGCCGGGGGGCCGAGACCCUUCGCACCCAGAGCUUCGGGCACGGCCCGGGGGGCAGCGCCAGCGUGGCCGUGGGGCACCUGCUGCCCGUCACCCGCGGCGACCACGGCCAGGAUGUCACCUGCCACGCCGAGCUGUCCCUGCGCCCGCACGGGCCCCUCUUUGCCCGCGCCGCCGCCCCCGUCACCCUCUCGGUGUUCG